CCUCAGAGAGGGGGGAUGCCGGAUUGCCAGGACACCGGGGCCAAAGGAGACCCCCUCCACACGAAGAUCUCCUUCUCCAUCUUAGAUAUCCUGGAUCCGCAGAAAUUCACCCGGAAAAGGAAUCCCCCGCCGGCGGGGAGGACAGAAAGCCUCUCCUCCCCUCCGCUCGCGGGCCAGCGGGAGAAAAGUUUGGCCAGAGUUGAGCGGGAGCGGACGCCCGGCGGCAAGCGGAGUCAGCCGGCGGCGUGUACCGAUGGAAGCGGCCUCGACGAGAGCGAAGCCGCCACCGCCCUGGAGGCGCCCGAGGAAGACGAGCCAGCCCCGGCCAGGAGUCGUUUCGCCAUCCCUGCCACGGGGGCGGCCUCCCCAGCCUUCCCCUCGCCCGACUUUCCGGCCUCCUCGCCGUCGGAUGUGGAGGAGCCCGGCUCGCCGCCCUCGUCCAAGCGGCGCCGGGCCGAGCCCAACUGCGCCAAGCCCCGGCGGGCCCGGACGGCCUUUACUUACGAGCAGCUGGUGGCUCUGGAGAACAAGUUCCGCGCCACCCGCUACCUCUCGGUGUGCGAGCGCCUCAACCUGGCCCUGUCGCUCAGCCUCACCGAGACGCAGGUCAAAAUCUGGUUCCAGAACCGAAGAACCAAGUGGAAGAAGCAGAACCCCGGCGUCGACGGCGCGGGGCAGCCGGGGAGCAACGCGGGGUUGCCUGGAGGAGGAGGAGGAGGAGGCGGCGGCAGCCCUAGCCCGCCCGGGCCCAGCUCCUUGGCCUACCAGACUUUCCCCUCGUACGCCUCGGCCAACGUCCUUUUCCCAGGGACGGCUCCCCUGCCGCUAGCAGCGCCUGGAGGGGGACCCUUUCCCUCAUUCCUCAGCCCCACCUACCUGGCACCCUUUUAUACCCCUCACCUAUAAAAGGGGAGCCAUUUCCCUUCAACCGCCCAGACUCGUUCCUGUAAUGAGUUGAGAGAGGAAAGGGCUGUGUGGUGCGUAAGCAGAGAACGGAAAUGGAGGGAAUCUUAAGAAGAACAGUGUCUUCCACUCUCUCUGCUCCACUGACUGGCCUUCCCUUCCAAGUCUUAUUUAAGAGCAUGCCCUCUCAUCGCCCACCCCCAUGGUCACGGUUAUCCUACUCAGAGGUGCUAUUUGAGUCUUGACUUCUGUGGGUGGGCAAAAGAGAACAUGCACAAAACCCACUCACCGCACCCCACCCCACCCUGAGAAAAAAAUUAGACUGCAUCUGUUAUUAAAGUUUCUGGAACUCCCGUGGAAGCAGAGUUACUUUUAAUCCAAGGAUGUGGACUGACUUCCGCCUACCCACCCCUUUAAAUUUAAACCAAGCAGGUGUACAGUACUGUACAACAUUUGAUGUUUAUAUGACUGAUUCAUGCCAUUCUGUACAAAAUGAAAGGAUUCCACAAUGAAAUCCAUUGUGUGGAUUUAACAGGUUUGCCUCCUUGUCCCUGUAGUCUUCCUCUCAGCCAUCCCAAGAUGUGCCCGGCCAGUGGCAUUCGAUGGUUGGAUUUGCUAGAUAAUGGGACCAACACUGCCUGUCCCUGCUGAGACCGCUCAAUUCAGUUCCCAGCAGAAAUAGAGGAUGUGUGAAAUAGUGGGAUAUGCAAAAUGUA